UUGGAGGGUUUACUAUAGAUGAAUACGAAAAACUAUACCCACAACCAAAAUAUAUAUUAUUUAUUGCGGCCAAUGCCGAAAUUGAAUUUGAUUCCGACAAACAAAAUGCCAACAAAUGUCGACCAGAGUUAUAA